AUGGCCGUCCUCAACCUCAACCUCCUCCUCCUCAGCGUCCUCGCCGCCACCAACACGCUCGGCGCUGCUCUGACUUCUCGUGCUGCUGCUGCGGAGCCCGUAGAUAUAAGCGCCCGAGACGUGACGACGUUCCGCAUCUGCAAGGACAUCUACUUCCAAAACUGCGCCAACUGGAAAGACGUCACGACGGGCGUGUGCUACGACUUCACCUCGUCCGACUGGAACGACAAGCUCAGCUCCGCGCACUCCGCCGCUGGCUUUAAGUGCUAUAUUUACAAAGACUGGGGCUGCACCGGCGGCGAGGGCGGCCCGAUUACGUUGAACAACGAUCAUCGCGACCUGAGGCAGUUUGGGUGGAAUGAUAUUACGAGCUCGUUUCGUUGCUGGCGGAGUUGA